AAGGAAAAAGGCUGAAAGAUUUAAAAUUUUCUUCAUUUUAUGUUGAAGUGAUAAUCAAUAGGUGAUAAAAUAGUAAACGUAACUCCCAAACCUUUAUGUCUACUAGUGAUAAUUAAUAAAUAGUCAAAUUAACAUGAUUUAAGUGUGCUUCCUUAUGAAGGACUAAUUUUACCAUUUACUUCACUUUUAAUGGCAAAGUAAAUUGGAAAUCAAUGCAUGAAUGUGAAUUCAAUUUCAGUUACAUAACCCACUUAAUUACUCAUUUAUUACGAAAGCCUUUAAUCAAAAAAGAAAAAAAAAAUUAAUAAAAUUAAAUUAUUAUUUAUCAAAUAAUAAUAAUAAUAAAAUAAAAUUAAAAAAAUAAUCUUUUUUGGCCAUUUUGGAAUUUUUUUUCCUACACGCCUUCCUAUAUUUCCUACCCUAACCCGAACAAAUAAACUAUGUUUAAAACUUUCAUAGUAUUUGUCAGGGUUAGGCUUCUCUCCUAGUAUUUGUUAAUUUAUUUUCUUUCCUUUUUCAUAUGACAGACUUCAGUUUCUCUACUACUUCUUCCCCUAAAAUAUAUUUACAUCAUCCAACAAAAAUUGUACAAAAUGAAGAGACAAACACUCAAUAACAAGAAAAAUUUGAGAAAUAAGUGGAUUUGGUUUUUGCUAUAUUGAAUGUGAAUUAGUUGCUUAGAUGAAUUUGUUCAUUGAGGGAUCUUAAAAUAAAUAAAAUAAAAAAUUCAAAGUUAUUAAAUGAAUGUGUUUUAAUGGAGUUGUUAAAGGAAGUCAAACACAAUCUUAAAGCAUUCCAUUUAGUUUGAAAAAAAAGAAAAGAAAAGAAAACUAUUUUUAUAGAAAGAUACAAAAAUAAAAUAUAGGAUUGGAUUUCAUACACAAUCUAAUGAAUAUUCACCUCAUUCUUUGUAAAAAAAUUGUACAAAUAUUAUUGAUAUAACAUUAGUCUUCCUUAUCAAAGUUAUAUUUUUAUAUUCAAAAUCACUAAAUAAUCAAAUUGGAACAUCCCCAUCAAUGUGGUUAGGACUAGAUUUCAUUCUCAAGUGAGUCAAAGUUGUAUAUCCUUUGACCAAAAGUUCUAAAUAUGGAAAUUACCUAAAACCUUAAACCAAUCAUUACUAACCCGGUUCAAUUCGGUAAGUAUUUGUCUCAAGUGAAAGCCUUCAAGACUUCUUAGUCCUAUGUAAUUCCAACCGUAGGAUCAGUGCAUGAAUCAAUGGUCAAAAUCAGUCCAAACCAUAAUAAAUGUCUUCCCAUCCCACCCAAUUAAGAAACAUUAAGUUAGAGUGAAAGAGAGCUUCAUUACAUUCAGCCAUUUUCUUCGUCAUUUUCUCAUGCUUUCUCACUCAUGGAGUUUGACACGAAGUACAGAGAAGAUCUCACCUACCAACCAAUUUUGUCCAACAAUUACUUGAAACCCGAAAUUGAAGAUGGCUUUUGCUUUGAAUCUUGUUCAUCAAAAGGCUUAUUCUUUCAAGAGCUUCACCACCUUCAUGAUCAAUUUUGUCCUAAUGGGUCAUCGGUAAUCCUUGAAUUAGGGGUUCAAACUGGGUGUUUCGAUCCUUUUGACCCCUUCACAAAUGGUUAUUCUCCAAAUCUCGAUGAUUUUUAUGAGUCAAAGCCAUUUGCAGAAAAUGGAGCAAAUGGUACUAAUGUUGCAGUGAUGCAGAAUUUUCAGGGUGAAUGUGAUGGUGGUGGGAACUUGAAUUACCCUAAGCAAACUCCGAUCAAUGUGACCGCAUCUGAGCAAAGCUGCGGCCCCUUCAACUCUCAGGAUAUCAGACCAGUGAACUUUGUGAUACCGGAUGAAGGCUCAUGCAUAGUGGCUGAAAAUGGGUAUUAUAAAGAAGUUGGCAAGAAAAAGAAUAGCAGUGCCUCAUCGGCACCAAAGACAAGAAAGCCAUGCAAACGUCGUAACAAGCCCAGUUCAGUCAAGGGGCAAUGGACCGCUGAAGAAGAUAGACUCUUAAUUCAGAUGGUAGAGAAGUAUGGAGUGAGAAAAUGGUCUCAUAUUGCUCAGACGCUGAAGGGAAGGAUAGGCAAGCAGUGUAGAGAGAGGUGGCACAACCAUCUAAGGCCUGACAUCAAGAAAGACAUAUGGACUGAGGAGGAAGAUAGGAUACUAAUCCAGGCCCAUCUCGAAGUAAGAAACAGAUGGGCAGAAAUUGCAAAGAGGUUGCCUGGAAGAACCGAAAACUCCAUCAAGAACCACUGGAAUGCAACCAAAAGAAAGCAGUACUCGAAGCGACGAUGCCGUCGCCUCCCCAAAUACCCGAGACAGAGUUCUCUUCUUCAAGACUACAUCAAGAGCUUGAACUUGGACGGCAAAUCAGAAAACAACUCGACAAAUAUUGCUAAUUCGUUCAAUGGUGUCCUGAAUGUUAAUCAUCCUACUACAAUCAAAGCACCUCUAAUUCAGCCAGAGACAGUGGAGUACUUUUGUUGCCCGAGUGAUCACAUAGUUCCAAGUUAUGAUUUUGAUGUUGAGGUCCCGGAGUUGGAUUUCGAUGAGAAAUUGUUUGAAGAGAGUAGUAGCAUUGAUUCUCUUAUUGAUCAGAUGCCUUGUCCUCCUCUUGUGGAGGAUGAUGGGAAAAGCUUCGACUUGGAGGAGGUCCCACUAUGUAUGGCUUCUUCAUUUGUGGAGUGUGAAGUGAAGAAAGAGAUGGAUUUGAUGGAGAUGAUCAAUCAAGUCAAUCUCUAAUUACUUAAAAGCCAAUAUAUAUAUAUAUAUAUAUGCAAAUAUAUAUCUUAGGCCUUUGGUGUCUUGAAAGUAAAUUUAUAUUGAGAAGGGUAAAGUAAUUUAAAAAAAUAAAGAAAAUGAUAUUAGAAAUAUUUGUAUGAAACUUUUGGCUAAUAGCUAGCUAUAAUAACUUCAUACAUUUUUGAUAAAUCACCUUAAACUUCAUAUACAUUUUUGCUAAAACUCCUUGUUAGGGUUUUUGAGCUCUGUAUUUAUUCUUUGUUUGUUUGGCAUCAGAUGGUAUUUAUUAUGCAGUCUGACCAAUCUAUAUUACAUCCUUUUAUUAUUACUAUUUAUUUU